CUUGCUAUUAGCAGCGAGAAAUCGUCGCCCAGAUCCAGAGCCACUCCGUUUCUCGCACGCACUCCUCUUCGAGGAGAGAGAGAGAGAGAGAGAGAGAGAGGGGGGGAGGGAGCGACUUAGAUCUCGAUCUCCUGUACGGUGGGCCAAUGGCGCGCGUCGAUCCCGCCACCGCCGAUCCACCUCUUCGUCUCCGCAACCAUGGUGGCUUUCUCUUCUUCUUCCUCCUCCUCCUCCUCCUUUUCUCCUCCGUCGAUGCCUCCGUCCACAGCUACAUUGGCGAGAAGUUCACGCCAAAGGGCAACGCGUUCGUCCUCCAUGGCGGCAGCGAGGGCCUUUACGCUUCGCUUCCCCACGCCAACACCACCGCCGGCCGCGGCGACUCGUUCAUCCGCUUUGAGAAGAUCACUUUCACACGGCCUGAGAAAUCUGUUGAGAACAGUAAAGUUGGUGAUUCUGUUUUGGUGCAAGCUAUCAUAUUUGAAGUAGAAGAUCGGGAGACAAUUGGUGGGUCAGCCUAUGGUGGUCAACGAGCUGUUUGCUGCACACCAGAUCUGGCAAAAUUGGGUGCUUGCACCCAAGGCACAGUCAUCUAUCGGCCCUCUGCUCAGAAUCCUAAAUGGCCUCAGGUGCUUGCUGCCACUUUUAAUGGAAAGGAUCUUGUUGCAACAUUGCCAUCCCAGAGUAUACCCAUCACAAGAACUGGGAUGUAUAACCUGUAUUUUAUAUAUUGUGACCCAGCUCUUAAUGGGCUGGUCAUAGAUGGGAAGACCGUGUGGAAAAAUCCCACUGGCUACCUGCCAGGAAGGAUGGCUCCUCUCAUGAACUUUUAUGGAUUCAUGUCUCUUGCAUUUGUGAUACUUGGGAUAUUUUGGUUUUCACAGUAUGUGAGAUUUUGGAGAGAGGUUCUUCCACUCCAGAACUGCAUAACACUUGUCAUCGCAUUAGGCAUGCUGGAAAUGGCAUUGUGGUACUUCGAGUAUGCUGAAUUCAAUGAAACUGGACUUAGACCAAUGGGGAUCACCUUUUGGGCAGUAACGUUUGGUUCAGUUAAACGAACAGUGUCGUGGGUUAUUAUUCUAGUUGUUUCUAUGGGGUAUGGUGUUGUCAGGCCUACCUUGGGUGGUCUCACAUCGAAGGUGAUUAUGCUUGGAGCAACAUUUUUCCUUGCUUCUGAGAUACUUGAGUUGGUGGAGAAUGCUGGUGCUGUAAGUGAUUUUGCCGGAAAAGCAAGACUCUUUUUGGUUCUUCCCGUGGCGCUUUUGGAUACAUUUUUCAUUAUAUGGAUCUUUACUUCUCUUUCCAAAACUCUGGACAAGCUCCAGGCAAGGCGAUUGAUAGCUAAGCUAGACAUUUACAGGAAAUUCACAAAUGCAUUGGCCAUCACUGUUCUUGUAUCUGUUGGAUGGAUUUGCUAUGAGCUUUAUUUCAAGUCAAAUGAUGUAUACAAUGGGCACUGGCAGAAUGCCUGGAUCAUUCCUGCGUUUUGGCAGGUCCUGUCGUUCUCUCUUCUCUGCGUAAUUGCUGCUCUUUGGGCGCCCUCUCAAAACUCAAUGAGAUAUGCUUACUCGGAUGAUGGAUCUGAAGAUUUUGAUCGAGAGGACUCACUUUCUCUAAUAAAGCCAGGACCAGUUUCUUCAAAGGAUGCUCGCCGUUCUGCUGGUUUGAUGGAUGCUAGAGCAGCUGUGAGCAAUGACACUACCACCUCACACAAUGGCGACAUCGAAGAAGAUAAAAGGGAGUAGCAACACGAUCAGCAUCUACCUGCUUGUAGUGGCUAGUUUGUUAUCGAAGGAUUUGAUUAGCUUGUACGACUUAGCAGUAAUUUACUUUAUAUCGGUUGACGAAAAAUAGUACUCGUUCUGUUGUCCUGUUGUUUUAGAGACCGGCAAAUAGCAAUCUCUUCUUUUAUCUUUUCAUUUCUUAGUCCCCCAUUCAUUCUUUUUUGUACCAAAUGGGUUUUCAAGAGGUGAAUUACUGCCGGAUUAUUCAAAAGUGUGCUUUGGAUUCUGCA